UGGGUACGCGCGCGCGCGCUCGUGUGUGUGUGUUCCCUCCCCUGGGUUUCUGGAAGGAAGCUGAACUCCAGAUGUGAAGUUUUACACACUGAGCUUUAGUGAGCCUCUCAGCUUUCACCUGGCUUCUCUUUACUAUUGGGUACCUAAAGCUUAAGGUUCUCUCGUAAUGUAAAAACCAAGUGGACAACACACAGCCUGGACACUACUCCACAACGUCCUCCUGCUGCGCUUUCUGCAUCCUUCCCUCACCUCACCUCACCUCACCUCUAUUCACCGCGGAUACGUUUGCACGGAGAACAAGAACUGUUGACUUGAUUUCUUUUCAAGUAUAUUUUUAAUAAUCCGGAGUCGCUCUUCACAGGAGCAGUUUUUGGGGAUUGCUGCAGGACGCGUGUCCACCUUCUGACCAAAAGACUACUCUCACGUCUCAGGUGGAAAACACACAUUGGACAACUUGCAAGAACCAGGACAACUUUUAUAUUUUACAUUUCUUUCAAUUUGUCAUGCAGUUGAUGUGAACAUCGUCAAGGCAAACGUGUUUCUGCUUCAUUCCACAAUGAAGGACGACUUUACCGAUGAGGAGGAAGUGCAGUCCUUUGGCUACAAACGCUUUGGUAUCCAGGAGGGGAACGAAUGUACUAAAUGUAAAAACGACUGGGCACUGAGGGCAGCCAUUGCUCUCCUGUAUGUCCUGUGUGCACUGCUCACAAUAGCUGUGGCUGUAUUAGGAUACAAAGUGGUCCAAAGGAUGGAUGAUGUGACUGAGGGGAUGGAGAACUACGAAGGCAAAAUCAUUGCUGUAGAGACAGACUUGAAAAAGCUUGAUGAUCAAACGGGAGAGAAGUCAGAGAAUGCCACAAGUGAAAUCCUAUCAUUCAAGGCAGAAAUUCAGACACUGCAGAGCCAGAUUAAUGAAAUUGCCAAUAGUGCAUCUAGCAACAAGGCAGCUUUGGAUGAGCUACGGGUUGUAGGUGAUGAUAUGCAAAGUGGCCAUGUAUCACUGAGAGAAAUUCUAGAGAGCAAUACCAACACCAUCCUCACUGUCAACCGUACACUAUCCACAUACAACAACCUGAUUGGUAGACUGAAGUCAGAGACAGAACGGCUCCAAUCAGAUCUUCAGGUACAGACAGGGGAGCAGAGUCGUUCCACCCACAGCCUUAAUGUUCUCAACUUCACACAGAACCAGCAAAGAAGUCUCAUCAGCUCCCUCCAGAGUUCAGUGGAGGAUACCAGCCAGGCAGUUCACAAGCUCAAGAAUGAUUACCAGAGUCUACAGCAGGUGGCCAGGCAGACCAAGGCAGAUGCUGAUUGGCUCAGAGAAAAAGUGCAGAACCUCCAGUUGCUGACUGCUAACAACUCAGCACUGGUCCGUUCCAACAGCGAUGCACUUGAGGAAAUAGCAUCACAGCUCAGUUCACUGUCAGAGCAGUUUCAGAAUGCCUCAGCUGUUACGGAAAAUCAUGACCAAAAUCUGCGUGAGCUCAUGGAUCAACAGCGUGAUCACGACAAUGCCACUACCAACAGGUUUGAUGCUAUGGAGGCACGUUUGGACCGUAACGAGGAGGACAUGGACCGUAUCACAGGGAACAUGAGCUUUGCUACACAGCUGCUUGGAUCCAUCAGCACUGACCUGAAUGGUCUUCGUACCUGUGCUGAGACAGUGACAAGGCACUCAGACAUGCUGCUGGCCCUCAACAGCAGCAUUGUGGAAGCCAGGGCAGAUGGCACUGAGCUCAAAACCCAGCAAGAAGAGCUUGCUGCUAGGCUUGACAAAGAAGUGGGCAGCCUCUCCAUAGUCAUGGAAGAAAUGAAACUGGUGGACAGCAAGCACUCCCAGCUCAUAACCAACUUCACUAUCCUUCAAGGUCCUCCUGGUCCUAGAGGCCCUCGGGGGGAUAGAGGACCCCAGGGGCCUGCAGGAAAACAAGGUGAGAAAGGUGAUAGCGGAGAAAAGGGUGCUCCAGGUGUGCCAGGGCCGAAAGGAGACAAAGGGCCACCCGGAAUUCCAGGGGUCCCUGGUUUCAAAGGUCCACCUGGACCAAGGGGAAACCCUGGGUCAAAAGGCUCAAGAGGAUCAGGGGGUCGUGCUGGGCCACCAGGGGAGAGGGGUGAUCCUGGUUUACCUGGUCUUGCUGGCAGAGAUGGUCAACAAGGUCCUCAGGGACCUCAGGGUCCUCCAGGGCCACAAGGUCCAGCAGGACCACCAGGACCACAAGGAUCACCUGGCCCUGCUGGCCCUAUUGGUCUACAGGGACCACCUGGCCCAAAUGGACCUCCACCUCAAGGGGCUAAACCUUUGCGACCAAUAGGACCACAAGGCUCAAUGUCCCAUCAAGUUUAUGAACCUCCUCCCACCAGCACACCAGGAUGUCCAACUCAUUGGAUAAGCUACAAAGACAAGUGCUACUACAUUUCAGCUCCAUCUGAGCGACUGAAUUUCGACGAAACAAAAGAAGAAUGCAAAAAUAAGACAUCUACUAUGCUUACCAUCCACAAUGAGGAGGAACAGGCUUGGAUUCGAAGGCAAAUUGCAGGAAAGGGUUACUUUUGGCUGGGACUUACAGACACUGUAGAGGAAAACACUUGGAGAUGGGUUGAUGGGUCCCUUCUCUCCUAUACGAACUGGAAACCAGGCCAACCAGAUAACUGGAACCAUGGACAUGAAGAAGGAGAAGAUUGUGCAGGACUCAUCCACGAUGCCAAGAGAAAAGAAAAGGGCGGCGAUCAGACCUGUCUUGCUGUUGUUCCUGUUUAUAUUCCGGCGAUGCCUCUUUUCACGUCCAAUCCUUUCGAUCAAGAUGUUGAGAAAGCAACCAGUGAGAUGAACACGGCUGAGGACUGGGGCCUCAUACUGGACAUAUGUGAUAAGAUAGGACAGUCACGCACCGGACCUAAAGAAUGCCUUCGCUCCAUUAUGAGGCGAGUCAACCACAAAGAUCCCCAUGUAGCCAUGCAGGCUCUGACAUUAUUAGGGGCUUGUGUGUCAAACUGUGGAAAAAUCUUCCAUUUGGAGGUGUGUUCGCGAGAGUUUGCCAGUGAGGUUAGCAACGUCUUAAACAAGGGCCACCCAAAAGUAUGUGAGAAGCUCAAGGCCCUUAUGGUGGAAUGGGCUGAGGACUUCCGAAACGACCCCCAGCUCAGUCUCAUAUCGGCUAUGAUCAAGAACCUGAGAGAGCAGGGUGUCACCUUCCCUGCUGUCGGCUCCCAGGCAGCAGAGCAAGCUAAAGCCAGCCCUGCUUUAGUGGCCAAAGACCCAGCAACAUCUACCACCAAGAAAGAGGAAGAGGACCUGGCCAAAGCUAUUGAGUUGUCCUUGAAAGAGCAGCGGCUGCAGAACCAGACGUCGUUUUCUGGGCUUUACCCGAGCGCUAGCAGCCUCCUCACCUCCCACAAAGCAGAGGGAAGGAAAGUUCGGGCAAUUUACGAUUUCGAGGCAGCGGAGGACAACGAGCUGACCUUCAAAUCUGGAGAGAUCAUCACCAUCUUAGAUGACAGUGACCCCAACUGGUGGAAAGGUGAGACUUAUCAGGGUGUGGGCCUUUUUCCAUCCAACUUUGUCACAGCAGACCUGACAGCAGAGCCAGAGAUGAUGAAAACGGAGAAAAAGACAGUUCAGUUCAGCGAGGACGUCCAGGUAGAGACCAUUGAACCAGAGCCUGAGCCUGUCUACAUAGACGAGGAGAAAAUGGACCAGUUGCUCCAGAUGAUCCAGAGCGCAGACCCAACAGAUAAUGAGUCAGACGCCUGUGAGCUGCUACAGCUGGAGGGUGCCUGCAACCAAAUGGGUCCACUCAUUGAUCAAAAACUGGAAGAAAUUGACAGGAAGCACUCAGAGCUGUCUGAGCUUAAUGUGAAGGUGAUGGAGGCACUCUCAUUGUAUGCCAAGCUGAUGAAUGAGGACCCAGUGUACGCCAUGUAUGCCAAACUGCAGAGCCAGCAGUACUACAUGCAGCAGCCUGGCACCUCACAGCCGGUGUACCCAGGGCAGACAGCUGCAGGACAGUAUGCAGUGGCUGCUACAGGGGUGCAGGGUUACAGUGUCCCUGUAGAGCAGAUUCCUGCCAUGAACCAGGUGCCUGCUCCUUUACCAGGCCAACCGGCACCCAGUGAUGUGCACAUGUACAUAAGCCAGGCGCCCGUGUACAGCACUUCUGCAGGCAGCAUGGCUCCUCCUGAUGUGCAGCAGGCAUACCAGAACACCGCCAGUGGACAGGCAGGCCUGACCCAAACUCCCAGCUACAGCUGUGCCAAUCCCACAGACCCUCAACAGAGCCCUUACCCGGAAAAAGCCCUCUUAUAGGACCCACAUACACAUCUCUCAUCUCCAUAUACAUACAUACCCUUAUCAUGAACAAAGAGGUGCAAGCUAACACUAAAACCACAUGGAUACAGGGCAUGGGUGCAGACUGAUCCACGCUCUUAGUUCUGUCAUUUUUUUCUGACGAACAUACACAUGUCCAUUUACAUCUACUCUCUCUCAUUAAUGCACCCAGAUAUCCACAGAAAAAACUCAGUCUGACCAAGUAAAAAGACACCGAAUAUUGAUUUACUACUGACUAGUUACGUUAUGCAGUUGAGCAAAGGCAGACAGAGAAGUCUCUCCCUCUCUCUCUUUCUCUCCUUUCCGACCUCCCUCCCUUGUGUCAAAAGUCUCCAUACAUAGGGGAAAUUAACAGUGUCAUGCGUGAUGUGCUUGCCUGGUUUCCUGUUCAAGUCCAUCUUCCUGAUCCAGCCAUGAUGAAUGACUUCCGUACAUUCUUCUUUUGUCAAAGGUCAAAGGCAUUCUUAAAAGCUGUCUUGGGGAAAAAAAAAAUUGAAGUAUGAAAAUUUUUUUGGAAGGAAAAAUGAUUUCCCCUGUGGAUACUUUUGAUACACCCUGUAUAUCUCUCUCUAUAUCUAUCUUGCAAUCCUCAACUCUAUUUCACUGCCAUUCUCCCUUUUUCACUCUCCCACUUUCUCUCCCUAUGUGUCAUUAUUUCUCUGUAUAGCUCUUUACCAUGAUUGCUAUUUGUCUCUCAUCUCUUAUCCUGCAAUAUACAGUAUCUGUAUCAUAUAUCCAUCUUUCUUUUUUAUUUCUCAACCUCGCUAUCUGUCUGACUUGCUAUCCCAAUCCUACCAUUUCAGUGUCUCUGUCAUUCAUAUUCUCUCCAUAGCUCUGUCCUUCUCUGUCUGUCUCUAUUUCACUAUCUAUAUCUCAAGUUCUAUCUCUCACACUGUUAAGUUAUUUGACUAGUUGGUGCCACCUAAUGCCUACUAGAGACUAAACACUUGUUUUUGGGAAAGCUGAAACACAAACAGAGCAUGCACAUGUACAUAAUUUUCUCUUCUGUUACGGAACUUCUACAAGUCACAGGUGUUUGUUGCUACAGGGUUUAAUAGGAGAAGUUUUCAUUUUCCUAUGUGUGCACACGUACGUACGUGUGUGUGUGUGUGUAGAGAUCAGUCUGCAUACACGCGCACACAGCCUUCACGUGUCAUUAGUUUUCAAAAAGCAUUGCGUUCAUUCCACCUCUCCUGUGGGACUGUGUAGCACAGCACCAGCAUGGUCCUUAACAGAGUGGUGCGGUCCAUACAGCUAUCCCCGCAGUUCUCAGCAGGAUGGCGCAGCCCAUCUUUCCUAGGAUCUUGAAGCAUUUCUUUAACACAGUGUUAAAAUCGAUUCUUAAUUGUAGUAUGUCUUUAUUUAUUUUGACUGUCAUUUUAAAAUGCACUGUACUUUGAUAUAAGAGAAGAAGGAUGAUAUUCUGCUUAAAAAAAUGUAGAUGUGUAUAUAUGAGAACCUGUGUUACAGCAGCUGCUCCUUCUGUUGAAAGAGCACAGUGAAAGGCAUGUAGUAAUAUUACUCAAUGAUGUUAUGCACUUUUAUGAUUUUGACUCAGUCUCAAGUUUCAGCUCGCCUCAAGUUGUAAAACAUUUUAACCACGGAAGGACUAAAGCGGCUAACUGAAAAAUCCAAACAUUUAGGCACUGAGAAUUUUAAGAUUUCAACACACUAAAAAUUGCCUUGUACACUUUAUAUGUCUGAUUCCCCGCCCCCAACGAGAACCGGUUGUGUAUGAUGUAUGUGGGGAUGAGUGUAGUCCGCCUUCUGGUCACUACAUGAUUUUGGUAAAUGGCAGAGGCUGAAAGUGAGUUGAUUAGGAUGUGUAAUUGGGAUCAGAGGUUAUAUCCUCUAUACCCUCACAUCAUCUGUGUAGGUGGAAUAUCUAAAUAUUAAAGAGUUGCUAAAAGAUCUUGACCUGGGGACAAUGAGCCAGUUCCAACGUGGUCUGCCGCCUUUUACACACAGUUGUGAUCCUGAUAUAAACUUUAUUCACAGGGAGAAUGACCGUUUUCUUGUUUUAAAGGUUCUUGGUGUAACAGUUCUGUUCAAUGUACCUAGUUGUUUAUGAUACUAUUUUAAUCAUCUGAAUGAUUAGUAUUCACAAUAAAAUUAGCCCAAAUGUA